AUGUGGAACAACAGCCCCGCCAGCUGGAUCAAUGCCAGCCCCCUCGAGGUCCUCAUCAGCAGAGCCACCGCCGCCUCCCUCCAUGAGCCCAACUACGCCCUCCACCUCGAGGUCGCAGACUACAUCAACCAAAAGAAGGCCAACAACCCCCGCGAGGCCGCCAUGCUCAUCGCCCGCCUCGUCAACCACCGCAACCCCCACGUCGCAAUGCUCGCCCUCGCCCUCCUCGACACCCUCGUCCAGUCCUGCGGCUACCCCAUCUACCUCCAGAUCGCCACCAAGGACUUCCUCAACGAGCUCGUCCGCCGCUUUCCCGAGCGCCCCCCACCCUUCCCCAGCCCCGUCAUGUCCCGCGUCCUCGACCUCAUCAACACCUGGAAGGAGGGCAUCUGCGUCGAGUCAAAGUGGAAGGAUGACCUCGGAAACAUCAGGGACAUGCACAGGCUCCUCUCAUUCAAGGGCUACCGCUUCAGGCAGAUCCCCCGCGCCGCCCCCUCCGCCUCCGCCACCUCCAACCUCAAAUCCGCCGAGGAGCUCGAGUCCGAAGACCGCGCCGCCCAGUCCGCGAAGCUCCAGGAGCUCAUCCGCCGCGGCACCCCGCGCGACCUCGCCGCCGCCCAGGAGCUCAUGAAGGCCCUUGCCGGCGCCGACCCCGACGCCCGCCCCGACUACCGCACCCAGGCCCUCGCCGAGCUCAACAAGCUCGAGCAGAAGGUCAUCCUCCUCAACGAGAUCCUCGACAAUGUCGACACCGCCCAGGGCGAGCAGUUCGCGCGCGGAGACGUGUACGAGCAAGUCGCGUCGAUACUCGUCGCGUCGCGCCCAAAGAUCCAAAAGUGGAUAUCCGACGCCGAAUCCGACGACCCAGAAUCCCUCGACACCUACCUGCAGAUCAACGACCAGAUCAACACCGUCCUCGCGCGCUACGAGGCCUACAAGCGCGGCGAUUUCGCCGCCGCGUCGAACCCCAUCCCGUCCGAGCUCGGCCCCGGCACGACGGGCCUCUCGCUCAUCGACUUUGACGACGCCGCGGACGCCGCGGCGGCCUCAGCAGCAGCGGGGGCGGUAGGGUCGGGUCGCCCGGUGGACGAGCUCGCGGAUUUGUUUGGGCCGUCGGCCGCAGCAACAACAACGACGUCGUCGUCGUCGGCGAGUCAGCAGGCGUCGAACGGGCACGCGUCUAUCCUCGCCGCGUUCAACACCAGCGCACAAUACGCGCCGUCCCCUUACCACCCCUACCAAACACAAACACAGCUCCCGCACCCCGCAUCGCAACCAUCGCACGCGCCAGGGCCAGGGCCAGCCCCGCCGCUGCAGCCCCGCCCGCCAUACCCAUACCCACAAACAUACCCGCACCCAUCGCCAUCGCCAUACCCGCCCGGCGCGCCGGCACAGUUCGCGUAUGGGGGCGCGGGCGGGAGCGCGAGCCCGCAGUCGCGGCCGACGUCGGCGCCGUUUGGGCAGAUUAUGCUGCCGGGGACGCCGAGUCCGCAUGCGACGGGGACGGGGGCCGGGGCGGGGAUCGGAGCGGGGAUCGGGGCUGGGGCGGGGAUGAGCAUGGCGACGGGCGGGGGCGCUGUGGGGGGACAGCAGGCGCAGACGCAGACGCAGACGCAGGGGAAGGACCCGUUUGCGGACCUCGUUGGGCUGUUCUGAGCCUUGCGUAGCUGCUUGGUGGUCGUGGUGGUCGUGGUGGUCGUGGUUGUGGUCGCGCUCGUGGUUGUGGCUGUGGCUGUGGUCGUGCUCAUGCUCAUGCUCGCAGUGGGUGACGGACGAACUUGGGGAUACAUGCGCGUCGUUUUUAUCAUAUCGUCUCUUCACGUCUCUUGUUUGCUCGGUUGGCCGGUGCGCUGUUGUAUUCCAGUGACUGUUUUUCUUCUUUCCUUUCCUUUUCUUUAUUUGUGAGCGGCCUGCGGAUGUUCAUUCUGUCCUGUCGGGCUUCUGACUGCCGCGCGCUGCUGCUCGGCGUCUGAUCUGAGAUGACGAGAUGACGAUGCGAUGCGAUGCGAUGGGGUGCUUUCGAUGCGGGAUCUGCGAAAUACAUACUCGAGGAAUUACUGUACGGCUCCUUGCGCUGGGGCGUCUACUUCAGGCCUCCGUCGUCACGAAGUAUCAUGCAUCAUGCCAC